AUGGCUCCUCAGCCGAAUCCCAACUUGCCGCUGCAGGAGCGGUUGCUCGCCUUGGCCAAGACCUUGCAGUAUAUCCGACAACCUCAGCUCCAGCCGAACUUCCCCACAAUCCCUCCGACCAGCCACCUUGCUCGGAUUUGCGAAACACCCAAACACUCAGACCACGAGAAUAUUGGAAAGAUGAUCCCGCUGACUUGA